GCAAUCAGAAGAAAAUCCAGAACACUCCAUAACGCCUCUACUUCAAAGUGACCACAGCUUCACCUCGUUAUUGUCACUCCUCCCCCUAUUAAUUCUCCCUUCACACCUCUCCACAUUUACAACAAGCUAGAGCAAUCCAUUCUACAGAAAUACACAAAGAUUUACAUCUUACGAGCCCUCUUAUCUCAAUCCAAAAUGCAAUCCCUACUUCACUCCACAUUCACUCCAGCAUUCCGCUACCGCAAUCCCACCCUCACAUCCCCUAAACCGCCUCGAAAGUUUUCGGUUUUCGCAGCCUCGGCCGCUCCCAGACGUGAAAAAGACCCGAAAAAACGAGUUGUCAUAACCGGUCUGGGGGUGGUCUCGGUGUUUGGAAAUGACGUGGAUACUUAUUAUGACAAGCUUCUUGCAGGGGAAUCCGGGGUGGAUUUUAUUGAUCGGUUUGACGCGUCCGAGUUUCCGACACGGUUCGCGGCGCAGAUCCGAGGAUUUUCGUCGGAAGGGUACAUAGACAGCAAGAAUGAUCGGAGGCUUGAUAAUUGUCUGCGAUACAACAUCGUUGCGGGGAAAAAAGCACUCGAAAAUGCUGGUCUCGGUGAAGACAUGCGCUCCAAGAUUGACAAGGAGCGUGCAGGUGUGCUUGUUGGAAGUGGUAUGGGUGGCCUUACAGUGUUUUGUGAUGGUGUUGAGAAUCUCAUCACAAAAGGCUACAAAAAAAUAUCACCUUUUUUCAUACCCUAUACUAUUACCAACAUGGGCUCUGCAUUGCUUGCUAUUGAUCUUGGCUUCAUGGGGCCAAACUAUUCCAUUGUUGCUGCUUGUGCCACCUCGAAUUAUGCGUUUUACGCGGCUGCCAACCACAUUCGUAGUGGCGAAGCUGAUCUGAUGCUUGCUGGUGGAGCUGAAGCUGCAAUUGUGCCUGUUGGACUGGGCGGGUUCACUUCGUGCAGAGCAAUGUCGCAGAGGAAUGAUGAUCCCAAGGCGGCUUCUAGGCCUUGGGAUGUCGAUAGAGAUGGUUUGGUUAUGGGUGAAGGAGCUGGAGUCUUGGUGAUGGAGAGUUUGGAACAUGCUAUGAAGCGAGGUGCACCCAUAAUUGCUGAAUACUUGGGUGGCGCAGUCACUUGUGAUGCUCAUCAUAUGACUGAUCCAAGACCUGAUGGAGUUGGCGUUUCAAUGUGCAUCCAGAGUGGCCUUCAGAAUGCCGGUGUGUCACCAGAGGAGGUCAAUUACAUCAAUGCACAUGCAACUUCAACUUUAGCUGGAGACCUUGCUGAGGCAAAUGCCCUUAAGAAGGUAUUCAAGAACAAUAUGUCAGAGAUCAAAGUUAAUGCAACCAAGUCUAUGAUAGGCCACUGCUUGGGGGCUUCUGCGGGUUUGGAAGGCGUGGCGACAGUGAAAGCCAUAGCUACCGGAUGGCUGCAUCCUACUCUCAAUCAAGUGAACCUUGAACCUGAAGUAGACUUUGACACAGUUCCAAACAAAAAACAACAGCAUGAAGUGAAUGUUGGCAUCUCAAACUCUUUCGGGUUUGGUGGACACAACUCAGUGGUGGUUUUCUCUGCAUUCAACGCAUGAUCAAGCAUUAGAGCUCCCCUUCGGCCAUCCAAAUAGAUUAUAGUGUUUGCUUAUGGUUUACAAUUUGGAAUAAUAAGCUACUUGUUGUCUCUUUGUAAUGGUUUUAUGCCAUACAAAACUAUUUUGCUGCUGUUAAUUACUAUGAAGUACUCUUUUAUCUAUUUCAAAGGCCUGGCAUUUUCUUAUUAGAUAAACAGAAAUUGCCUUGUUAUUGGUUG